AUGCCUCGCUCCUCGUUGCGCCGUCUCACAUACCAUCCUCUGCAUUCCGUCAUGGCGCUGCUCAAUCCCAUCUACGUCCUCUUUGUGCCGUUUCUCUUCCUCGUCACCGUCCCCAUGGCCCUCUUUGCUGGCGUCACCACCACCCUCGCCUUUUCCGUCCUCAUCUGCCGCGGCAUCCUCGUCUACCUCGACCUCGCCCUGACCUAUGUCCACCGCGCCCUCCAUGGCCUGCAGGUGCCCUCGCGCCUGCACCGCGCCGCCGCCGCCCGCAGCGAACCGCCCUCACCCACGCCCUCGUACCUUGCCCUACGUCCGCGCCGCCGCCACCACCACCAUCACCACCAUCGCCGCCUCAGCUCCGUGAGCAUCUUGUCCGCCGCCGCUGGCUCCGUCACCCCCGUCAAUGACGUCGGCCUCGGCUUGACGCCCAGUAUUGGCGCCGAGCGCGACUACGAGGGCCUUGGCGGCUGGCGCGUUGGCGACGACGACAUCUGGACCACCAUCAACUCGCGGCUCGAGCUGCCCGACAGACAGCACGUCCGCCACCACCACCGCUCGCCCUCGGCAGGCGGUGCCUCCACGCCGGGAGAAGGCGGUUAUCUCAUGAUGAAGCGCCGCACACGCAGCCCAGAGACCACCACCGGCAAGAUAUCCGCAGGCCCCGUUUCACCAAACAGCUCCAGGGCCAGGACGUCGUCUACGACUCGCGUCGGCUUUGGCCCGUCCUUGACUCAAGAGGGCUAUUUCUCGCUUGUCAUGUCGCCCAAGAUGGCUUCCAGAAUGGCUUCCAAGAAAUCGGCGACGCAGCACUAUUAA